UAUGUGACCGGAGACUCUAUGAGGACGAGUUGGGGGAUUGCAAGGAGGUGAACUUGUUUUUUUCUCUAUUGCCUGGUGUUGCUUUCUCCCCGAUGACAGGUUGAAAACAUUGGCCAACAGUCCCUCCCUGUCAAUAUCACCUUGGUGAUUCCGAUGAGAAUUGCACCGGGAUUGAGCUGGGACCGUGUGACGCUGAACACCACCACUGGAAACGACCAAAUACAGAGCUAUUAUCACCAAAGCAAUUGGAAAGGGGACAUGAACAGCCUGGUGCCCUCCAACAACUCUCAGAUCUGCAAAGUCUCGGCGUGCCACAUCUUCACCUUCCAGCUGCAACAGCUGAGGUACAGGAGUUCAGCUGUCUUUUCAGUGACUGGGGCGAUGACGUGGUCCGACCCCACUCAGGUCAGAGCCCAAGUCGCGCUGAGCGCCCUCUCGCUUCAAACGUCAGGCGAGAGUAUUCAGGCAGUCAGCGCCACGCUGUCAGUCACUACCCGGGUUGAGAUUGUCAAAGAGUUCAACAGCUUGCCAGUGAUUAUCGGGAGCUCGAUAGGAGGCCUGGUCCUGUUGGCGCUUGUGGCUUUGAUUCUGUACAAG